AUGAAUAAUGGAAUGACUAAUUCUACUACUUCCAUCACUUCUUCAUCCAAUCCCACAUUAUCACCUUCUAUUAUUAAUUCUACCGCAACACAAAGAAGGCGAGGUCGUUCAACUACACCAAAACCAAUGGGUGGGAAAUAG